AAUAUACAAUCCUGCAUUCGAUUUUGCAACAAUUGUCAAACUGAAUUGUGUUUGUUGUUUUUCGAAAUUCGCAAAGUGUGUGUUUAUUUGCGGUUGCGCCUGUGUGGGUGCGUGUGUGUGUGAGUUGGGUUGUGUUUUGGUAUCCAGACACAAGAGCAGAAAAGGCGACGGAGAAGAGAAAAACAAACCAAAAGACACGGCAAAUCAGUCUAGUCAACAAAGCAGACCAAAUGAGCACGCACUUCGAGACUAACGAGCAGCACAAACUAAGCCAAAAAUAAAGCUAAAGAUAAAGGAGAGGCCAGAAGCAUCACACACACACACACGCUCCCCAAACACACACACACUCGCACACAUCCCAUCCCAUCCCAUCUAAUUACACUGAGCGAAAUCGGCGGCAAGAUGCGGGUGGUGGCCAUGGUAAGUGGCGGCAAGGACAGCUGCUACAACAUGAUGCAGUGCGUCGCCGAGGGACACGAAAUCGUCGCUCUAGCCAAUCUGCAUCCCAAGGACAGAGACGAACUGGACAGCUUUAUGUACCAGACGGUCGGCCACAUGGGCAUCGAGAUUCUGGCCAGCGCGAUGGGAUUGCCGCUGUACCGGCGAGAGACCAAGGGCAAGAGCACCCAAACUGGCAAGCAGUACGUGCCCACCGAUGACGACGAGGUCGAGGAUCUAUAUAGUCUGCUGGAGACAUGCAAGCACGAACUCCAAGUGGACGCGGUGGCCGUGGGCGCCAUCCUCUCGGAUUACCAGCGCGUUCGGGUGGAGAACGUCUGCAGCCGCCUGAACCUGAUAUCCCUGGCCUACUUGUGGAGGAGAGAUCAGACUGAAUUGCUGCAGGAGAUGAUCGACUGCCAGGUGCACGCCAUCAUCAUCAAGGUGGCUGCCCUGGGCCUCGUGCCGGACCGCCAUCUGGGCAAAUCGCUGCGCGAGAUGCAGCCGCACCUGCUGAAGAUGCGCGACAAGUACGGACUGAAUGUCUGCGGCGAGGGCGGCGAGUACGAGACCUUCACCCUGGACUGCCCGCUCUUUCGGCAGCGGAUCGUGGUCGAGGACAUCCAGACGAUCAUCAGCAGUGCGGAUCCCAUCUGUCCGGUGGGCUACAUCAACUUCACCAAGCUAACGCUGCAGCCGAAGGAUUCGAGCGGCGGCGGCGGCGGCGGCGGAGGAGGAGCUUCGAACAGCAGCGGCGGCGGCGGCGGCGGAGGAGGAGGAGUCGUUGGAGUCGUCGGUGGCGUUGGCGGCGGUGGUGGCGGAUGCGGUGAUGUCGUCUUCGUUAAGCGUUCACUCGACUACAUUAGCGACCUGAACGAAUCGACGUACAGCGACCUUAGCGAUCCGGACUUCAGUGAAACGGAACUGGAGCUGAUCGAAAAGGAGACCCGACUCCGCGAAUCACUGAGCCAAAGCGAGCUGAUAUCGCGGAGUAACUCCUUUGGCCGACAUCUGGCCGCCACCGCCUCCUCGCCGAUACCCAUUGUCACGAAGAGCGCCAGCGUCGACGAGCCCACAGCGGCGGCGGCGAUAGCGCCGAUGCUCGGCGGUGGCCAGCCGUACCUCUGUUCCACCUCGGCGUGUGCCUCCAUGCUGCUGACCACCGGCCAUGGCAAUGCGAAUGCAGGCUUGAAUGCCCACAGCCAUAACACCACCAGUCACAGCCAUAGCCAUCACCAUCACAAUGCCGAUGGCGGGAUGAGCAGCUUGGCCAGCUCACAGAGCCAGGCCGGUGGCCAUGGACUCGGCAGCAGCACGGCCGCCGUUUGCGGCUCGCUGUCGCUGGCCAUCUCCUCGCUUGGGCUAACCGCAAAUACCUGCUGUCAUCCGGGAGGAGCUGGAGCUGGAGGAGGAGCACCUGCAUCUGCUGCCACACAACCGCCCAGUCCGCUGAAGUACGAGCGGGAAUUCCGUCCACUGGCCAACGAGGCCAGAGCGGCCAUCAAUGCCAAGGGCUGGAUGUGGCUGGCGGGCAUACAGGGCUCCGGAACGGAGGGCAUUGAGCAGGGAAUGCAGCAGGCGCUGGACAAGCUGAGCGAUCUCUGCCACUCCAGGGGCUACGAUCUGCAGGACCUGUGCUACGUCACGCUGUAUGUGCGCUCCAUUGGCGAGUACCCGGCACUGAAUCGGAUCUACCAUCGCGCCUUCGACUUCCACAAUCCGCCGACGCGUGUGUGCGUCGAGUGUCCGCUACCGGAUGGCUGUCAUGUGGUGAUGGAGGCGAUUGCCUAUCGCCAGCCAGUGGCCGGUGCGAUAUCCAGUGCCGAGGAGCGGGAUCGCGAGGGCGAGGAAACGGCGGCGGCGCUGCUCAACGGUCGCCGGAAUACGAUGCAUGUCCAGGGCAUCUCGCACUGGGCGCCGGCCAACAUUGGUCCAUAUAGCCAGUCCACACGGAUUGGCGACAUUACGUACAUCUCCGGCCAAAUCGCCCUGGUUCCGGGCAGCAUGACAAUCAUCGAGGGCGGCAUCCGUCCGCAGUGCAAGCUAACGUUGCGCCACAUCAGCCGGAUCGCCAAGGCGAUGAAUGCCCACGGCCAGCUGCGGGAUGUGGUGCACGGCAUCUGCUUCGUUACCCAUCCGGCCUUCAUUGGCGAGGCGCGUCGCCAGUGGGAGCGUCGCACCACCAAUGCCAUCAUGGACUACAUUGUCCUGCCAGCGCUGCCGCGUGAGGCACUCGUCGAAUGGCAGGUGUGGGCUCACACCCACAACGAUCGGUUCGACUAUGAGGAGACUGGCUGUUCGGUGGGUGACUACACCAUUUCGAUACGACGCCGCUGGAACUACGAGAACAAUUGUGCGGCCAUCGUUUGCUAUGUGUCCACUGGUCUGGCCUCGUCCACCACCCAACUGACCCAGCUGAGCGACGAUAUACUGGGCAACCACUGCCGUUUGGCGCAAUCGGUUAGUGCCGAGCAUCUGGACGAGAUCCUGACGUAUGUGGUGAAUCGCCUGCUGAAGGACUAUCCGCUGGCCAAGAAGCCGGCGCCACAGACGACGAACUCCUCGGGAACGCCACCGGCCACGCCCACGCAGCAACCGGGCGGCGCUGGCGGGGAUCAGCACCAGCAGGUGCCGGCGAUUCAUCUGAAGCUAUUCUAUCAGGUGAAUGCCGCACCGGCGACGGAUCUGCUCUUCCAGGCGCUGCACGAUUUCCGGAUCAAGUGCCAGGAGACGGCGGCCGUUGUCUACACAGUGCUGCCCGCCUGCAGUCUGCACAACUUCAGUACGUUCCUGUCCAUUUGCGGAGUGAGGCACGAGUAGAGGCGCCACACGCAGCGAGUCCAAGGAUGACGACGAUUAGGAGGAGGAGUAGAAUGUUGAGGAUGAGGAUGAGGAUGUGGAUGUGGAUGAUAAUGAUGAAACAAUUUGCUGCCACCGCACCAAGCAGAACACAGAAUAUAUAUAUAUAUGUACACCACUAUAUAUACACCCACAAGAUAUAUGUAUAAUGGAGGGUUCUCCCAUUCGUUGGACAAAGAAUUGCAUUGAAGGAGAAAAUCAUCUUUGAAUAGUUCACAGGCAGUUGACCUCUUCAGUUUUAAUGAGACUUCAAAAGUUAUUACCACAAAAGUGUCAUAAUUUGUGCAUUGUAAAUGGAACAAGUCAAACUUAACACAAAUUUAACAUUUUAGCCAAGAUAUUCAAAAUAUUUCCAGCACCCUUUGUGAGUUCUAAAAUUACAAAUCAAUAGAAGGUCAACUGCCAAGAAUUAUGCCUAGAUAACUAGAAAGGUCCCACAAUUUGUUUUUCAGUUUGAAAGAUCAUCUAAAACCGACCCAAUUAAAUGUAAAAGCAGCUUGCCCUUUGUUGAUAUUGUUAACUAGCAAACGAUCUAUAGAUCGGCCAGAUAUCUUGAGGCCUGCAUGCUGUAUCCAUUAAUAAGUUCCCUUCGUGUCGCAGUUUUGGACCAAACUCUCUUAAAAAAAAAAGAUAAAGAAAAACCAAAAACGGAUCUAUGCAACUCAAGCGUUUCAGCAACUAGCGAAGGAAAGCCAAGCAUACAAAUUCAACUUAAAGCAACUUUAUAUAUUAUAUACGAAGAAAGUAAACCAUUUUUGUGCACUCUAUUGCCCAGAAAAAACCAAAAAACAAAAAGAAAACAAAACAAAGCAACUGUAACUAUACUCUUAUACAACUAUUAACUACUAUUACUAUUUUCGAUGUGCUUUUCUUUACGCUCCGAUUUUUUAUAUAUAUAUAUAUGUACAUCUCAGCGAUUUUUGUUCAUUUUUAAAAUAGCCAGAAACUUUUGACCAAACAAAAAGAACACUCACAAAAACACGACAGCAUUGUGAAGCAAAUGAUUUUUAUAUGACGAUAAGCUUUAAAUAUUGUGGAAACCGAAUGAUGUGGCCCAUUCUUUUGACCACGUCGCAUCAUUUUCUUUAUCCAAAAAAUCCGAAUGUAGCAAAUAUGCCAUAGAGAACCUAGAUUUUAUCAACUUGUAUUUUUUUUUUUUAUAGAUAUCGAAAUUACCGAAUAGAGAUUAUUGAAUGUGUUGCUUAAAGUACAACUUGUCCAUCCUUUUUCCUGCACAAUCUGCGACAAAAUGCAAAAAAAAAAAAAAAAACAUCCGUGAAACGAUUUUGGUCGAAUUCCACACCAAAAUUUUGUCAACAUAUACUUUUUAAUGUAAAGUACGAUACAAUAUCGAUGGGGACGCUGAGCGGGGGAAUAAUAUAAAAAAAAAAAACGAUUAUUACAUGCUAUUAUGUAUUGUUAUGAAAAUAUAUUGAUAUUGAUUGAGUGUCAUCACAAAAGUCGACAUAAAAAACCAAA